ACAUAUAAGUCUAGUCGCUUCUGUCCUUUUUUCUUCACUUCUCUCUCUAGCCAGGGAUUUUUUUCUCUCUCUAGGUUGUUUUUGGAGUUUGAGCGCUCUCUCUCUCCCUUUUCUCUGUCUGCUUCAUAAACACAGAAAGAUCACAUCUUUCUCUGUUUUAUCAUCCUCCCAAUUCUCUCCGUUAUCAGUUUUGGGCGGAGAUGCGUCGUGGACGAAGGUUGGUUCCGUCGUACACUUAAGCAGAUAUUAGGAGAUCGACUAAUAUAAUGGCGUCUGGAUCCCAGAUACAUUAUGAAGAGUUUCGGUUUGAGGCAAUGGACAAUUGUGCGUGCUCCUGGAGAUGAAGGAGAGACAGCGUUGGAGUGCUGAAGAGGACGCUUUGUUACGUGCAUAUGUGAAGCAAUAUGGACCAAGGGAGUGGAACCUUGUAUCGCAGCGCAUGAACACACCCCUAGACAGGGAUGCUAAAUCUUGCUUAGAAAGGUGGAAGAAUUAUCUCAAACCCGGCAUUAAGAAAGGAUCCCUAACUGAAGAGGAGCAGCGCCUUGUCAUUUGUCUUCAAGCCAAACACGGUAAUAAGUGGAAGAAAAUUGCUGCUGAAGUCCCUGGUCGUACGGCUAAGAGAUUGGGAAAGUGGUGGGAAGUGUUCAAAGAGAAGCAGCAAAGAGAACAGAAGAACAAGAAGAUAACUGACCCUAUUGUGGAGGGUAAAUACGAUACAAUACUUGAAACUUUUGCCGAGAAGUUGGUGAAGGAGCGUGCGCCAACCUAUCUCAUGGCUACUUCAAACGGGGCCUAUCUUCAUACGGAAACAUCUUCUCCAGCGCCAACGAUUCUUCCUCCUUGGCUUUCUAAUUCCAGUGUGUCCCCCAAUGUGAGGCCACCAUCUCCUUCUGUUACCCUGAGUCUGUCCCCGACAGUGGCACCCUCUCCGCCAAUCCCUUGGCUGCAGCAGGAUCGAGGAUCAGAUGGUAGUUUUGUUGUGGGAAAUUUGCCACAUCAUGGUGUAGUUCCCGCUUGUGGGGAGAACCUAGUGAUAUCUGAGUUGGUGGAGUGCUCCAGAGAGUUGGAGGAAAUGCACCGUGCUUGGGCAGUGCAUAAGAAGGAAGCUUCGUGGAGGUUAAGAAGGGUGGAGUUGCAACUGGAUUCGGAGAAGGCUUGUCGGAGGAGGGAGAAGAUGGAAGAGAUUGAAGCCAAGGUGAAGGCUCUAAGGGAAGAGCAGAAGGCUGCUCUAGACAGGAUCGAAGCAGAAUACAGGGAACAGUUAGCAGGGCUAAGGAGGGAUGCAGAAGCAAAGGAGCAGAAGUUGGCUGAGCAAUGGGCCGCGAAGCAUUUGCGUCUCUCCCAGUUUCUCGAGCAGAUGGGAGGCAGACCAAGGAUUGUUGAGCCUAACGGCCGGUGAGAAAUAUGUGUUUUACAUGGUCAUUGUAGACGCAUGAGGUCCGAAUUUCUAUUUCUAUUUCUGUUUUCUGCUUUGUUUCUUUCCUUGCUUUUGAUCUCGUGUGCAUUCUGAUCUGAAAUGCUGUCAUAGGUGUUUUAUUACGUAUACCGUCUGGCUAUUGGCCUGGACCGAAUGACUGUAUUAUCUUUUCGCAGUUCUUACAAUUAUAUUUUUACCUGUUUCUGGAAAACUUAUGCUUCCGUAUUUGAACCUA